CUUUAGAAAGAGUUAGAAGAAUUCAAGAAACCUCGGAGUUCUUCCUCUGUCUCUGGAGUCCAUGGAGGACAUGAUCAUCAUCAUGCUCCUUCUUUAAACUCCUUAAUUUCAUUCUCUUCUUCUUCUUCUUACUUUUUCACACCAUCGUUUUUUUGUUUGUAUCUUUGUGUCCCUAUACAAUAAUAUACACCUGUCUCUCUCUUUCUGUUGAGGGAAUUCCUGAAAUCCUUAUUGUGCCAAAAUUUGGAAAAAAAAUUUCUUCUUUUGUGGCUCUGCACUUCUUGCAAGCAAAGUUUUCAAAUUUCUUCUUCUGGUUCUUUCUCUUUUUCAUCUGGGCAUGGCUAAUUGGAGAAAAAAACAAGGUGAGGGUCAUUGGCGAUCCUCGUCCAAUAACAGAAAGCCACCUUUGGAUAGUAGUCAUUCAACUGUGCCUUCAUGGGAAAAGAAGUUUUGUGCUGUAGUUGGUUCAGUUCCAUGGCCAAGGCUAAUAGAUUGCAAGAGGUACAUGUAUCUACAUGACAAUGUGGUAAACUGGGAUGACUCUGCUGUCAAAGAGGCAUUUGACAAUGCAAAAAGGAGGUUUUGGGCUAAGAUCAACGGCCAUCCCUGCAACAUAUCCUUGCCUGAUCCUGACAUUUACAUUGACAAUGUAGAUUGGAAUUCAAGUGUUGACCCUGAACUCUUUCUAGACUUGGAAAGAGAAGCAACGGUACUCGGCGAGGAAGAAAGAGAUGAGGAGGUUGUGAUUCUUGGUAGUUCUCUGCUCUUGAAUCAGUCAUUUUCCUGUACUGGAUGGGGGGAUGCGGACGCAGAAAUACCAAAGCCUUCUGAUCCAAAUCCUGCUGACCAAGGUUGGGACUCAAAUCUGCAUGAAAAUCAAAGAGUGGACUCUUGGGAACAGCAUUGUGCUCCUGUUGAACAUGCAAAAGAAUAUGAGUGGCAAAAUGGUCAGAAUGAUUAUUCUUGGGGAUGGAAUCAGAGGGGGCACCAUGGUGGUGACUUGAAUAACAUGGGCAAAGGAAGAACUGGUGGGAAUGGGAAAUGGGGAACAUGGGAUGGGUAUAAUAGAAAAAGAGAAAACAUGGCAUGGUCUAAGACUUCUCAUGCAUAUCAUGGUAACGAGUAUCAAAUGAAUAGAGGAAGAAGAAACAAUAGAGGAAGGAGGGGAAAUUUUGCUUAUGACCGUUCCUAUGUGGACAAGGUACCUACUCCUAAUGCAUGGUAAAUGAAGAUAAAGGCUUAGAUCAAAGACCUUAUACUGCAAGGACUCCUAUGAAACUUAUAAGGGGUCAGUUUUGUGAAUGUGGCUUGAAGAUACAAGUUUUGGUAUAUGGGUAACAAGUAAUUUACAAUAAGACUUAUAAGAAGACUAGACAUCAUUUUGAAUUUUCAUACAUUUUUAUAAGAGAGCUUUAUGGUCUUUUCAUGUUUGUAGUUCAAGAAUUAUCCCCACUGUUGUGAGAGGUUUAUGCAUAUACUGAUAAACUCUGCAAUGUCAUUUUUUGCUGAAGCCAAAUUGUUCGU